UUUCCAAACGCUGUGGUUGCCUUGCCUAGCUAAAAGGGGAAGGAGAGGAUCAGCCCAAGGAGGAGGAGGAGGAAAACAAGACAAACAGCCAGUGCAGCAGAGAGGAGCGUGUAUCCAGUGUCCCGAUCCCCGCGGGGCGAGUAGCUGGAAGCUGGGUGCCCUGGCCAAGCUCUGGCCCUGCACCAACCUGUCACCUGCCGGUGAAUGCCAUGGAUCCAGAGGUCCUGCUGCUCCUGCUGGUGGCCACAGCUUGGCAUGGUCAAGGGGUCCCAGUGAUACAGCCCAGUGGCCCUGAGCUGGUGGUGGAGCCGGGUAUGACGGUGACCCUGCGAUGUGUGGGCAAUGGCAGUGUGGAAUGGGACGGCCCCCUCUCCCCCCACUGGACCCUGGACCUUGAUGCCCCCAGCAGUGUGCUGACCACAAACAACGCCACCUUCCAAAACACGGGGACCUAUCGCUGCUCAGAGCCUGGAGACCCCCUGGGGGGCAGCGCCGCCAUCCACCUCUACGUCAAAGACCCUCAACGGCCCUGGAACGUGGUAGUAGACGAGGUGACGGUGUUCGAGGGCCAGGACGCGUUGCUGCCCUGCCUGCUCACAGACCCCACGCUGGAGGCGGGCGUGUCACUGGUGCGUCAACGUGGCCGGGCUCCCAGGCGCCAAACCAGCUACUCCUUCUCACUGUGGCACGGCUUCACCAUCCACAAGGCCUCGUACCUGCAUAAUGACUACUACCAGUGCAGUGCCCUGGUGGGCGGCAGGAAAGAGACGUCCAUGAGCAUCCGGCUCAACGUGCUGAAAGUCAUCCCAGGGCCACCAGCCUUGACACUGGAGCCUGCAGAGCUGGUGCGGAUUCGAGGGGAGGCUGCCCAGAUCGUGUGCUCAGCCAGCAACAUUGAGGUUGAAUUUGAUGUCUUCCUCCAGCACAACGACACCAAGCUCGAGAUCCCUAAACAAUCUGACUUUCGUGAUGAACAUUACCAAAAAGUCCUGACUCUCAGCCUCAAUCAAGUCGACUUCCAACAUGCUGGCAACUACUCCUGCCAGGCCACCAAUGUGCAGGGCACCCACUCCACCUCCAUGGUCUUCCGGGUGGUAGACAGUGCCUAUAUGAACUUGACCUCUGAGCAGAGCCUCCUCCAGGAGGUGACGGUGGGUGAGAAGCUCGACCUCAAAGUCAAGGUGGAGGCCUACCCAGGCCUGCAGAGUUUUAACUGGACCUACCUGGGACCCUUCUCCGACCCCCAGCCUAAGCUCGAUUUUGUCACCAUCAAGAACACAUACAGGUACACCUCCACCCUCUCCCUGCCCCGCCUGAAGCCCUCCGAGGCCGGCCGCUACUCCUUCAUGGCCAGGAACCCGGGUGGCUGGAGCGCUCUGACUUUCGAGCUCACCCUUAAAUACCCCCCAGAGGUAAGAGUCACGUGGACCUUGAUCAAUGGCUCCGGUGCCCUGCUCUGUGAGGCCUCCGGGUACCCCCAGCCCAACGUGACAUGGCUGGAGUGCAGGAGCCACACUGACAGGUGUGAUGAGGCCCAAGUGCUGCAGGUCUGGGAGGACUUGCACCCUGAGGUCCUGAGCCGGGAGCCCUUCCACAAGGUGACUGUGCAGAGCCUGCUGCCCAUGGGGACGUUAGAGCACAACAGGACGUACGAGUGCAGGGCCCACAACAGCGUGGGGAACAGCUCCCACGCCUUCAGGCCCAUCGCUGCAGGAGCCCGGACACUUCCCCCUGACGAGUUCCUCUUCACGCCAGUGGUGGUCGCCUGCUUGUCCGUCAUGGCCUUGCUGCUGCUGCUGCUCUUGCUGCUCUUGUACAAGUACAAGCAGAAGCCCAAGUACCAGGUCCGCUGGAAGAUCAUCGAGAGCUACGAGGGCAACAGCUACACCUUCAUCGACCCCACCCAGCUGCCCUACAACGAGAAGUGGGAGUUCCCCCGAAACAACCUGCAGUUCGGUAAGACCCUCGGAGCUGGCGCCUUUGGGAAGGUGGUAGAGGCCACGGCCUUUGGUCUGGGCAAGGAAGACGCUGUCCUGAAGGUGGCUGUGAAGAUGCUGAAGCCCACGGCUCAUGCUGAUGAAAAGGAGGCACUCAUGUCAGAACUGAAGAUCAUGAGUCACCUGGGCCAGCACGAGAACAUCGUCAACCUCCUGGGAGCCUGCACCCACGGAGGCCCUGUCCUGGUCAUCACUGAGUACUGCUGCUACGGAGACCUGCUCAACUUCCUGCGAAGGAAGGCUGAGGCCAUGCUGGGACCCAGCCUGAGUCCGGGCCCGGACUCUGAGGUGGGCACCGGCUACAAGAACAUCCAGCUGGAGAAGAAAUACGUGCGCAGGGACAGUGGCUUCUCCAGCCAGGGUGUGGACACCUAUGUGGAGAUGAGGUCUGUCUCCACUUCCUCUUCAAACAACUCCUUCUCUGAGCAAGACCUGGACAAGGAGGACGGACGGCCACUGGAGCUCGGAGACCUGCUCCAGUUCUCCAGCCAAGUGGCCCAGGGCAUGGCCUUCCUUGCUUCUAAGAAUUGCAUCCACCGGGACGUGGCAGCCCGCAACGUGCUGUUGACCAAUGGGCAUGUGGCUAAGAUUGGGGACUUUGGGCUGGCCAGGGACAUCAUGAACGACUCCAACUACAUCGUCAAGGGCAAUGCCCGCCUGCCUGUGAAGUGGAUGGCCCCAGAGAGCAUCUUUGACUGUGUCUACACGGUGCAGAGCGACGUCUGGUCCUACGGCAUCCUCCUCUGGGAGAUCUUCUCACUUGGGCUGAACCCCUACCCUGGCAUCCUGGUGAACAGCAAGUUCUAUAAACUGGUGAAGGAUGGAUACCAAAUGGCCCAGCCUGUGUUUGCCCCAAAGAACAUAUACAGUAUCAUGCAGGCCUGCUGGUCCCUGGAGCCCACCCACAGACCCACCUUCCAGCAGAUCUGCUUCCUCCUUCAGGAGCAGGCCCAAGUGAACAGGAGAGAGCGGGACUAUGCCAAUCUGCCCAGCAGCAGCAGUAGCAGCGAGCCCGAGGAAGAGAGCUCAAGUGAACACCUGGCCUGCUGUGAGCAAGGGGACAUUGCCCAGCCCCUGCUGCAGCCCAACAACUACCAGUUCUGCUAAGGGGGUGAUGGCAGGGAGCACCGUUCUCCGCUCCUCCAAGUUUCAACUCCUCCAUGGAUGGGGCAACAUGGGGAGAACAUACAAACUCUGCCCUUGGUCAUUUCAUUCAACAGCUCGGCCCAACUCUGAAACUUGGGAAGGUGAGGGAUCCAGGAAGGUCAGAGAGGAUCCCACUCCCCGAGCCUGGGCCAUCACUGCCAGUCAAGGGCUAGGGGCUGAGCCCCGCCCUCCCUCCCCCACUGUCCUCGUGGUGUUGGCCCCAUGUUCGCUAUGCCAACUAGUAGAACUCCCAGCUCACUCUCUUAACCUUGUUCCCAUUUCUGAGACCUUCUUCCCUAAUGCCUUUGUGUCUCAACAAAAAUGGACUGAUCUUAUGCCCAUGAAGUUCCCAGGAGCUGCUCUGGUAUUGAGAAAACAAGACUCCUUGGGGGCUAGUCAGACUGGCAGAGAAGUAGGAUACCCUCUGAGAAGAGCAGCAGGAGUGGACAGGUGCUCACACUCAGCUCAGGCCCCUUGGAGCAGGGUGGCUCCUUUGUAAGAAUCUAACAGGACCUAGUCUCUGCCUUAUAUCCUUCUUCAUGCCACAGCCCCACCCCACCCUGGAUCUGGUACUGCUAUAAUGAGCCAAGUGGCAGCUAAAUAUUAGGGGUGUUCUGCCCAGGCCCUUGUCAUUCUGGGUUGCAAGGUAGGGGACCUUGGCAUGUGGCUGGCCACACCAAGCAAGAAGCACGCACUCCCCCAAGCUGACUCAUCGUUACUAACAGUCACGCUGUGGGAUGUCUCCGUACACAUUAAACUAACAGCAUUAACUCA